AUGGUUGACGAAAAUGAGCUUUUGGAUAUCCUGGACAAGUUUGACGCAGAAAUAACACCAUUACCCGAAACUCCAAAUAAACGGCCCUUUGUGGACUCUGUUCAGGAUGGUCCAUUGUCAUCAUCAAUAACAAAAACAGUAUUCUUUGGAGACGAGGACGAAUCCAAAGGCGAUUUGACGUUAACAUUUAUUGGUCCGAACGGCGUUGAUCUACUCGAGUGUUUAGCGGUUGAAACACUGUCCAAGUAUUUGACGGACUCGUCUGUGUCUCUAUUCAGACAAGCAUUUGUCGAGGUCGAAAACCCGCUGGCUACGCAUGUCUCUACAUACAACGAUGAUUACAUUAAGACCGCUAUCAACAUUGAUUUUUCGAAUAUUUCAAUUGAAGAUAUUGACGAGAUGCCAAAGAAAAUAACAGAAGUUCUUUCAUCCCACGAAACUGAGCUAGACAUUAAUAGAAUCAGAGAUGUGGUUGACCAAAGUAAGUGGGAUCUUAUCUAUGAAGCGGAGAACGAUGAUGAUACAUUUGUGACGUCUGUCAUUUACCAGUUUAUCUAUGGAGAUAAGUCGAGCAAUGAUUUACCAGGCUAUUUGAAGGAUCUCAAGGAUUACGAGAUUCUCAUGUCAUGGGAGCCUGCCAAAUGGAGAUCGCUCUACACAAAAUACUUUGUCAGCAAUCCGUCAUUGUUCAUAAUAGCAAAGCCAUCCAAAGAGCUGUAUCGAUCCAACAGAAAGGCCAGCAAACAGUUACUGAAGGACAGAAAAGCCAAGCUAGGCCCUGAAGGCCUGAAAAAGCUUGCUACCAAAUUAGAGGCAGCCAUUGAAAAAAAUAAUAAUCCCAUCCCCGAAGAAAUCUUAGAAUCCUUUGGCUACCCUGAUGUAGCCAAGAUCAAAUUCAUUCAAACCCAGUCGAUUGCCGCUGGAAAAAAUCAUGACGUUGCCAACGAUGUGUCUUUGGCAGUGACUAGAAAAGUUGAAAACGACACACCAAAGGGUUUUCCACUAUAUCUGCAUUUUGAGAACAUCAAAUCGAAUUUUGUUACCGUCGACCUGCUCUGUUCAUCAUUUGAAAUUGAUCAAAAGCUCUUAAACUACAUUCAUGUUUUUGUUAGCCUUUUCACGUUACCCCUUGAGCAAGAUGGUAAGCUUGUUCCCUAUUCAGAAGUGGUGAAGGAUGUCCAGAGAGACACCAUUUCCGCCACCGUCUCCACUUCCUUCGACAACAACUUCCAAGAAUUUGUCGACUUCAAAAUUGUUGCAAGAAACGAAAACUAUGAAAAAGUGAUUGAUUGGUAUACCAAGUUGCUGUUCCAUACCAAGUUCACGCAAGAUAGAGUUAAAGUCGCUGUCGAGAAAGCCUUGAACAACUUGCCAUCAAAGAAGCGAUCCGGAUAUUCCAUGCUGAACACUCUUAUGAAUAAACAUAUCAGAACCGAAAGAUCUCUUGCUAGGGCUCAAAGAACGUACCUCGUAGAGGCUUUCCUGAAGGAUGUGCUGAAAACAAUUGAUGACGAUUUUGAUACAGUGGCCAGGGACCUUGAACAAUUCCGUCAGCAGCUUAUAAAGCAAAACAAUUUGCGUGUGUUGGUCGUUGCAGAUGUUGCGAGAUUGGAACACCCUGUGGCCAGCUGGGAGACGUUUGCAGCAAAUUUCAAAUCCAUGUCGGAGCCACUCACUGACCUGCCAUAUACGUCAAAGGUUUUGACUGAUGUGGGAAAAUUAGAAAGCUCUGGUAAGUGCUACAUCAUUUCAACUCCCGGAUCGUCUGCCAGUUACAUGGAUUUGAUGGCAAGAAUACCGUUAGACGCAAAUGCUCAGGAGUCUGCAAAGAUCCUCUUAGCAGCGGAGGUGCUCCAGUGUGUUGAGGGGCCUUUCUGGAGGGGCAUUCGCGGGUCUGGUCUAGCUUAUGGUGCCAAUGUGUAUCAUGUCGUUGAGUGGGGGACAGUCAUCUACGACAUUUAUCGUGGGGUUGACGUGGAAAAGUGUUUCGAAGUUGGCAAAGAAAUUGUUCAAUCUUAUGCAUCUGAAGUGCAACAGAUCAAUGACAAGGCAUUGCACGGUGCUAUGUCUUCAGUUGUGAACUCUUUAGUAAAUGGCCAAACCAAUUACGUCAGUGCAGCAUACAGAAAGUUCUUUGAUCAAGUACUCAUGAAAAGGGGUCCUGACUACAACCAAACACUGGUGAAAAGUUUGUCACAAGUGACAUCGCAAGAUGUCGUUGAUGUGUUGAAGAAAUACUUCCUUCCGAUGUUUGAUCCGAAAUCGUCUGUGUGUUUUGUUUGCUGCAGUCCUUCAAAGGUGGAGAGCAUUGAGAAGUUCUUCAACUCUAAAGGCUACGCUACUUCUGUGGAAUAUGUUGCUGCCGAUGACGGUGAAGAGAGUUAUGAAAGUGACGAAGAUGAGGACGGUGAUGAUGAUGAGGACGAUUAUAGUGACACCGAAGAUGAUGGUGAUGAGGGAGAAGAUGAAACUGAUUCGGGUAGUGAUUAA